AGGCAGCAGAAGCCGGCAGGCAAUAAUUACGACACGCCAUACGCUGCACGCCCGUACCGUACCGCCGGCGCACAACCCGCCCGAUUUCCUUGCACGAAACGCCGCUGCUUCGGGCUUGCGCUGCGGUGCGGGUAAGGCGCUCACCUCACCUUCACCUACAUCUCGCACUCUGUCCGUCUGUCUCCACCAGCUACCGAGCCAGCCAGCAAACAAGCAAGCAACCGACUGCCCCCUUGCCCGUACGCAGUACACCUCGCGCCGGUGAGCGAGCGAAUGCCGCGGGAGCUCUAGCCCUCGGCUCCUCGCCCGGGCCGGCGUGUCGUUCCGAUCCAUGAGGAAGCUGCCGCCAGCGCACCGCCUCCGGUGGAUGCGCGCGCUGCUCCUCGCGCUCCCGCUCGUCUCGCUCCCCAUCCUCUACGCGGCGCUCGGCGCGGCGCGCUCGUCGGCCUCGGCGGCGCGGCCGCCGCCGCCGCCGCCGCAGCAGCAGCAGCAGCGGAGGCCGCCGCCGAGGCUGGCGUACCUCAUAACGGGCGCAGGCCCCGGGGACGGCCCGCGGAUCCGGAGGCUGAUGCGGGCGCUCUACCACCCCUGGAACUACUACCUCGUCGGAGUGGCGGGGGAGGACGAGCGGACGGAUCUCGAAGCCUUCGUGCGCGCCCAGGAGGCGCCGCGCCGGUACGGCAAUGUCCGGGUGUCGGCCGCGGGGGAGUGGGGCUCCGUCUCGCGGAGGGGCCCCACCGAAUUGGCCUCCACGCUCCACGCCGCCGCGGUGCUGCUCCGGGAGUUCGACGGCUGGAGCUGGUUCAUCAAUCUUAGCGCCUCCGAUUACCCGCUCAUGCCCCAAGAUGACAUCCUUCAUAUCUUCUCAUACAUGCCAAGAGACCUCAAUUUCAUUGAGCACACAAGCAAUAUUGGUUGGAAAGAGUAUCAAAGAGCCCGACCAAUCAUUGUAGACCCAGCAUUGCAGGUCCCAAAUAAAACUGAGGUUGUAACAACAAAGGAGAAAAGGAGUAUGCCCUCAGCUUUCAAAAUAUUUGUAGGUUCGUCUUGGGUGAUGCUUAGUAGAUCAUUCCUGGAGUUUUGCUUACUGGGAUGGGAUAACCUUCCUCGCACACUACUCAUGUAUUUCACCAACUUCCUCUCGUCCUCAGAAGGCUACUUCCACACAGUGAUCUGCAACUCAGAGUACUACCAGAACACCACUGUGAACAGUGAUCUGCGCUUCAUGGCAUGGGAUAACCCACCUCGGACGCACCCUGCUAACCUCACAACAGAGCAUUUUGAUGCAAUGGCAGACAGCGGGGCGCCGUUUGCACACUCAUUUGCCAAUGAUAACUCAGUCCUGGAUAUGAUCGACGCCAAGUUGUUGGGGCGAGCACCUGACCGCUUCACGCCGGGUGGAUGGUGCCUGGGUAGCUCAGUAGGCGGGAAAGAUCCGUGUACCUUCUUGGGAAGGUCCUUUAUUCUCAGGCCGACCAAAGGCUCGGCCAAGCUAGAGAAGUUGCUGUUGAAACUUUUGGAACCUGAUAACUUCAGGCCUAAACAGUGUAAAUAACACUCAUUUUACAUGGUAGCCAGUUCUUUUUUUUUUUGUGGUAGUGUUCAGAAGCCGAAGUUUGAUGACAUGUUUCUUGUUGUUGCGGCAGUAGGCAUUACAUACAGAUGUUUUAUACUUGCAACCGGAAAGCUCAACUCACAAGUGAUUUGAGAUCAUACACGAUACAUGUACUCUUGCUGUUUCAUCACUUCUACGGCUGUACAACAACCGAUGAUAAUGAGAGGUUCGCUGGAAGUCAGUCUGAUAUGAGAGGUUGCCCUAGGUUUCGGCCCCACCCUGUUCCAUCCGGGAAUUAACCGGUUCGGUUCGUGUGGGAGUUUAUCAUACAUUUUGUUUUGGCAACAUUGGUAAAGUAAAAUUCCUGAGCGCUGCAGCAGUUUUUGAACACGAAAGUGAAGACGCUUUGGUCGUUAAAGAUCGCAAAUCCCACUCACCUCAAGUCACUUCCCAACUUGGACAUGGCGGUCCACUCCCACCUUCCCGAAACUGCUCGUACGAUCUCAAGCACGGCUCCUCCCUAGUUGUCGGCUCUCGGCCGCAUCACCAUCCCCGUCGCCCCGAGCAGUCUCGUUCUCCAGGUACUUCUCUGAUUCUCUCUUUCUUCGUCAUGGCUUACCCUUCCGGAUCGGUGCUUUCUCCCCGCCGCAGUAAGAAUCCCCCCACCCACGGGUUCCGGUUACCACUCGGCGGUAGACCUGACGGUGUUGAGGUGUUUCCGCUUGCUGGAACAACUUCGCUGGCGCCUGCAAGCUGUUCGACCGAAUGCUUCUGCGAAUGAAGUGAAGGUGAGGGUGAAGCAGCAGAAUGGGUCGGUAGGCUGGUGCUUUGCACAUAAACCCAAAGAAGUUUGGUGCUGUUGCGAAGCCUUGCAUGCCAGAAAUGGUGGCCUGGCCUUAAACAAACAGAAUGAUGACAAGUGCAUCAGGCAGAAGUAUCUUUUGGUUGCAUGCACCCAAACUCAGAAGGGGAGGCCAAAGAACGCAGCGAAGACCAUCAAUUACCAUCUCCAGCGACUUGGGCACAUCAAGUUCCUCUAGGUGCAUGAUUUUGAUAUCAUUUCCGCAUUAGGCUUUACUGCCCUGUGUAGAAGUUCAGGAAGAGAAUUUUUUUUCCAAAAUAGAUUUGCUGAAACGAGGAAUUAAUGUGUUUGCUUAGAUUGGGCAAUGCUCAGCAAAUAACUCUGUCAAACAAUAAUAUAUCAGCAGUAUAUUGAUACUGUUUUUUUC